CAACUCACGAAGAAGAACCGGAUAAAAACAAAUAUUUCACUUUGAACAUUUUGUCAAAUACACGCGCGAAACGUGACUUAAUUUACCCUUUAAUUCAUCGUUUCAUUAGAAGCACAUGUGUUUAAAUAUUGACCGUAACAUCUGUGGAUUCUGUGCAGUAUUUUAGAAGAUAUUUGACUUUAUAGCAGGCUAAUAGCAGUUAGCUCAAGAUCAAACUUUAACAUUGCGCUGCAGAAAAUGGACCUAGCAGCGAUAUCUUCUGCAAAAGCUGUCCCUCUGCCCUUGGCCUCUCUGCGUCUCCUGGCCCCUCCUCUCCAGCUCCUGUCAGCGUCGAUGUGGCAGAUCGUCAAGAAAAAGGAGGUGAUGAGUUUCUGGCAGGUGUCUGAGUUUGUGUCGUUUGUGAUGGAGAUGGUCCCAGAGCUGCUCCUCUUCAAACACUGGACUCAACUCACUUUUGGGCUCAGAGCUCAGUUCAUUCUUGAGUUGUGCCGAAAAGGAGACGACCAAGACGUGACGCUGUCACAUCUGACAAAGAUUAAACCACCACUGUCAACUCAACACAGAGAAAUGUCAGAGGAGGAAAAAGCUGCUGUGGACUUCGCAGAGUUGAUUCAUUCUCUUCUUAAGGACGAUCAAGAAAGACAAAUCUUUUUUCAAGAGUGGAGUGAGGAGUCUGGAGCCGUGUUUGACACUGAUCUACAGAUGUUGUUCUGGGAGUUUCUUUGUCGACUGAAUCAGCUGCUGCCUCCACCAGAGCUCGAGCAGACCGUCUCAUGGCUUGGACAAAACUCUGUUUUUGAAGAUUUUCUCCAGUGUUUGUCUGAUUCGACUCACAUCAAGAAUCUGCUCCAUCAUCAUAAACAACUGGGACAUUUGGAGCAACACGUUCCUCCUUCCAGUAUGGGCGACCACAUCUUUUCUCGUCUUUCAGCUGCAUCCUCAAAAAGAACAGCAAAACACGAGGAAAAAUCCAGCACUGAAGUCGAAUCAAGUCAAAUUCACGUCCAAAACGAAAACCUACACCCCAUAUCAUUUGUUGACAACGUUGCCAUGGAGAUUGUCACUGUAACUGAAUAUGCAGAGGUCGAAUUGUCCACUAAUUCUGAUAUAGAAGUGAUUAUAGAAGACACAACUCAAAACGGUACGAGCACAAUGGGAGAAGAAGUGAUUACAAAUGUGCUGCCUGAUGAUGUUAACAAAAACGCUGAAGAAAAUGAAGCUGUUGAAGAGACAAAAGAGUCCACUAUUUUGGAGAAUUUGCAAGUAUCGCAACCUAAAACGGUUUCAGGACCUCACAGCUGCCCGGACUGUAAUAAGAAAUUCAAAUUUGCUUCGUUUUUGGUUGCGCACAGAGUUAUUCAUACGGGUGAACGGCCACACAAAUGUACCGAGUGCGGCCGCUGCUUUUCCUUCAGACAAUCUUUAGAAAGACACAGACACACGCACAAAACUGGAAAAAGCUACGAAUGUACAAUAUGCUCUGAAAAAUUUCCUUCACUAACAGCCAGAAAUGCACACAAGCAAAUUCAUAUAAAAGAUGGGGAGUACAAUUGUCAACGGUGUGAUAAAAAGUUUACCCAAGAACUCGCUUUGGAGCAACAUUUGAAAACGGAUUGUAAAGCUAACAGCGAGAGAGUAGACAGUGUUCAAGAAGUGCUUACAGACGCUGAAGAAUCUGAACCAUCUGAAGAGCAAAAGAAAUCUGAAAAGGUUGAAUCUGUGAUAGACCCACAGCUUAUGAAUGAAGUGAUUUCCCUGGUGAAAGUGAGAACAAGUGGAAGAAAACGCAAACCCACGAUGAAGGUGCAGAUGAGCGAUUCACAAAAGAGGAAUAAAAGAGUGAAGGAAAGGGAGAAAGACGGAGGGAUGAAGCCCGCACAGCCACUGAAAAGUUCUGAGCAUUCAUAUGGAGCAACUACAGCCACAUCGAAAGAGGAGGAAGGUGCUGUGACAGACGGCACUGUGUUCUCAUGCCCCCAGUGUGACUACACAGAUCCAGAACAAGACCAAGUUCAACAACACAUUAACUCAUCCCACUGUACCCAACCCGACUCGGAGAAAAACUACCCAAGAAGCAGUGGCAAAAAAUACUGACGGACGAUACAGCUGCUCUUACUGCCCCAAAACAUUCAAACUCCUCUCUCUCCUCACUUCCCAUCAGCGCAUCCACACCAGCGAGAAACCUUAUCUUUGUACCCAGUGUGAUUGCCGUUUCACUUUCAAACAAUCGCUAGAAAGACACAAAUUACUGCACAAGACUGACUCGGAGUUUAAAUGCACGAUUUGCGAGGAACUUUUUAAAUCUUUAGCGGAAUAUAAGGAGCACACAA